AUGGCCCAUCUCAAAAUCGAAACCAUAGUUGUAGUCCAUGGGACUCGAGCUAACAAAGAAUUCUUGUUUUCGGAUGAUAUGGCUGGAAGACCGCUUGGCGAUUUUUAUGAUUUAAGAACGUGGGGAAAACGAAAAGGGAUUCUUUUGGUGGACGGAAAAUUCUGGCAAGAUCAACGAAGAUUUUUCGUGAAGCAAUUGCGAGAAUUCGGUUUCGGAACAAAAAACAUGUCCACCUUGGUAGAAGAAGAGGCUCAGGAGUUGGUAGAAUACAUAUUCAGGACAAUACGUAACAACGAUUCCACACUGUUCAACAUUCAGUCACUGUUGACCGUGCACAUUUUGAACAGUCUUUGGAAAAUGCUAGCCGGGGUCAGAUACAGCGCUGAGGAUGAAAAAAUGCGUGAACUGCAAGAUAUUCUUAGUGAGUUAUUCCGCUCCCUCUCUAUGGUGGGAACCACCUUUAGCCAUUUCCCGAUAUUGAGGUACUUAGCACCGGAAAGGUCUGGAUAUAACCUUUAUGUGAACUCCCACAAUCGAAUUUGGGAAUUUCUCAGCAAAGAGAUAGCUCAUCACAAACAAACUCAUAAUACUCACGAACCGAGAGAUGUUAUUGAUGUAUACCUGAAUGUUCUCGAAUCACUAGAUAAUACAAAUGAUGAGUUCAGUGAGGAGCAGUUGCUCGCUACUUGCAUGGACAUGUUUAUGGCUGGUUCAGAAACCACAAGUAAUACGCUCAGUUUCUGCUUCCUUUACCUAAUACUAAACCAAGAUGUACAAAGAAAAGCACAAGAAGAGAUCGACAGGGUUAUUGGCAAAUAUAGAAAUCCUCGUUUAGAUGAUAGACCCAAUAUGCCUUAUGUGGAGUGUGUUGUAAUGGAAUCUUUGCGGAUGUUCGGUGGCCGCUGUUUCACUGUUCCGCACAGGGCCCUCAAAGACACUGAAUUGUUCGGAUACUCAAUACCAAAGGACGUUUUGGUCAUUGGCAACCUCUACGGAGCAAUGUUAGAAGAAGGAGGAUCUUUCGAAGAACCGGCAAUGUUCAAACCGGAACGGUUUCUCAAAAACGGCAAGAUAUCUCUCCCGGAAGAUUUUUUGCCUUUUGGUAUCGGAAAGCGCAGAUGUCUGGGGGAAUCCCUAGCAAGAGCCAACGUUUUUUUAUUCAUAGCUGCUCUUCUGCAGAAGUUCACGUUCAGUAUUUCACCUGAGCAUCCUCCGACUACCGAGUGGAAAGACGGAAUCACACCCAGUCCAAAUUCGUUCAAGGCCCUUGUGAAGCCUAGAAUAUAAGUAGAACAUUAGCAAUGAUAAUGAUGAUUAUAAUUAUUCAUAGGUGGUUCUCUCACGAGCAAACAUACACUAUUCUGUAUCCACAAUUUUCAAUGCCAACGUUUUGGUUAUUCUCGCUUUCGUCAGGGCUCCAACAAAUAUGAUCUUUCGAAUAUAAAAACAUCACUGAAGUAAAAAUGACCAGAUUUUGAAACCUACAGUAUGAUAUAGUUUUGAUCAGCAAACUCACCACAACUGCAACGGAGGGUAAUGA